AAUUGUGCGCUUUCAUGUUGUGACCGAAAGUAUUUGUGAGAUUAUAUCUGCAAGGCCUGGAGUGAAGAGAAUCAUUUGGUGAAAUUAUAAGAUGGAUUCGACCUCGCUACGGUACAAGCUGACGUUAGAGACAUCUAGCGAUAAGACAGUAAUGCUGCAGCAUGAAGAGCGUCCACUUGAUAUGAAUCCAGUACUUUCCACGAAUAUUGCGUUUCGCCCUGCUAUGUUUCCUUCAGCGUUGAAAACGACCCCAGGUGGAAAAUGCCUCGGAUUGUAUUCGGAGGACUUUUCGACUUGCAGUUCACGUGGAAUAGUAGAUCGGGACAUCUUUGCCGUCUCACCUGAGGCAGGUCGAUUCACUGCCAACCAGCUCCAAAGUGACAGUCAUAUAUCUUUGUUUAGUAACUACCCCCACAAUCCCUGCGAGAGAAGUGAAACCUCCACAAACUCAGGAAUUUAUCAGAGCUGGCCACUAGAAUACUCCCGGGCUGCACCUGUCCAGAUCCAGACAGAUCCCAAUGACCUGGACCUCACUUCGUUCAGCCAUUCCCAGUAUUACGGAGCACCCAUUUCAGGAGGAACACUUCCAACGGCAGGUCCCGGCGUCCCAAUGCAUUUAGCUUUCGGAUUGACAUCGCACUGGCCGCAGUCACAGAAUCCUGGAAGUAGCCUAAGAAAGAAACGAAUUCCUUACAGCAAACAGCAAAUUGCUGAAUUGGAAAAGUCUUUUGAAAAAAAUCGAUUCCUCACCCCUGAAAUCCGACUGAAUAUUUCCUUUAAAUUAGGUUUAACAGAAAGACAGGUAAAAAUAUGGUUCCAAAACCAACGACAAAAAGAGAAAAAAAAUCUUCGUGUGCACCAAACGACGCGUCCAAGCUGCCCUGGGCUGUAAAAUGGGAACACCUUUACUCAAAGAAAGCAGUUUACAACAUAUUGUUUGCAGCAUGUAAUGCCCAAACACUUCUCUUCAGAUAUACACGGACCUAAACCAUUCAACGUGCAGAUGCAUUUUCAC